CCGGCACCGAAAAAAAAAAAGAGGGCAACCAGUCCAAAACAUCACCGUGAACCAGGAAGUAACUUCCAUCAGAGGUACAUCCACGUCCUCAGAGGCAUAGCAUCCCAACUCCCAACCUACUACAUCCAUCUAUCCGUACAUCCAUCCAUCCAUCAUCGCAGCUCGCUCCACCCUCACUACCGCUACCGCUGCCCCUACAGCUACCCUCACAGCUACUGUCACGGUACCUUCACCUCUACGUUUGGUUCAAAGGACCAGCUUCAGAAAGCAACCGAGAUACCUGCCUCAGCUCCCAAAACGCGUGUGUGCGCGGCUGUUGUGACAACACCCACGUCUCAGUACACCUAACACGAAAGACUGACAUCGUUCUCUGCUGUCGUUGAUAGCGUUGUCGUCGCUAUCAUCGUUGCUGUCGCACGUUUCACAAACACCACUAGCAUCCACUCGGCCCUGGGAACCGAGCAUCGCAACCAACACGUCACUCCUACAAGUUAGAUUUCCUCUUCCUCAUUGAAGGAAACAUCGCAUCAUCUCGAGGUAUUCUGGACCGUCGUACCUACUACCUCACAGCUUUACACCUUAACGUUGGCCAUCAGGCCGUAUCUCGUUGUUCUCAGCUCACGAAAUACAUACGGCAUCGAGUCACCAACAACCGGCGCUUCCUUUUGCUGUUGUCUGCUGAUUACCUGCUUCGCACUCUCACGCACGUCAAAUCACUUUCUCCCUUCGCCUGUCUCAUCCCCCACACGCACUCUUCCGCAUUCUCAUCCUCCCAUCUCUGGCUUUCUCUCUCUUUUCUCACCGGCCAACAAUACGUCCGGACAUCUUGGUUCGCCAUCAGCCACUUCCCGUAGCUCGAGUUCCCGCCACCGCCCACCAACCACCGGCUGCACCCAACGCCCUCGCACCUGGAGAGACCCGGCCAGCCUGACCCUAGUGGUAACGCACGGCACAUUGAGCGCACUGCCUCGCCGCCUGUCUACUUCUGCGCCUCUGUCUGAACCUCUGCGUCCUCUACGUAUACAUCAUUCUACCUCUGCCGCCACCCUCCUGUACUUCUCUCUACCUACAUCAUCUUCACCACGACCUCUUCCUCCUCUUCCCCGGUCUAGCCCCAAGCUCCUCUCUGCCGGCGCUAUCUGAUUAUACCUUCGGGACGACGACGACGACGACAACGACAACGGCAACGACAGGGCUCAUCGACACUCUUGGUUGCCUUUUGUCCCUUCCACUGCCCUUCCAUCACACUCUGUUCUCCACACUGACGGGGCAAUCGUUUUCCAUUCCUUGCGAGGACCCGCCCGUCUUGCUCGCGUUCCCUCUCCCUCUCUCUCUCCUCUCGAUUCGACAAAGCGAGCCCGCGCGACGCAGCUUUGGUUUACCUGACAAUACCUCCCAACCCUUGCGCUUGCCUGGUCUCUUGUCCAGGUUUUUAUUGUACGGGUCCGUUGACCUGUUCUGCUCCUGUUCUGCCACGGCUGCACUGCCACCUGCCUCGGUCUUUUUCCUCUCGUCUCCCUCCUUCGUGCUGCUGCUGGCUGCGUGUCGUAUCGCGCGUCGCUUUCGGUCAACCUAGCACGCGUGUCGCCCACACCCACGCUCGCACCACGCACUACGCGCACCGCCGCACCAUCACACCCCAGAAAAAAGAGUACUUGAAGCAAACACGUCCUCGGCCUCGCGCGCCUUGUAUCUUUGUCCCUUUUAUUCUCGACUCUACUUUACCUUACCUUGUCCCCUCCCACCCGACCGUCUCACCGACCAUCCCCCCCCCCUUUUUUUUUCUCUCACCCAAUUUCGCCCCCCUCUUCCCAUACCCGAAGAGAGGAAGAAGAGAAACAGAAGAGAAAAAAAAAAGCCCUUCCUAACCCCGGGCGUGUGCGUGACCCGCUUCUUGCUCUUGCGACGUCAGGCUUGGUCCAAGUCUCUCUUCCACCCCCCAGAGACAGCAAAGACCAAUAUUCCCCAUCCAUCAACCCGUCGGUUUAUGCAUCACUAUUGAGUUAAUACCACUACAUUGCCCAACAUGCAGCAGUGGCAAGUCGGCCCCGUGCCGGAGUACAUCUACUCCAACUCCACCCACCAGCCUAGCGACAUGCAUCCUCAACACCCCUACCAGCAGGACAUGUCUCGUCGGGAUCAACACCCACAGUUCCAGUAUGGAGCGCCGCCUCAUCAGAGCCCGGCCCCUCAGCACCACCAGCCCACUCCGGUGCAGCCUCCGAUGAGCGUCCCCCAGCCGCCGCCUCAACCGCCCCAGGCCCAGCCCCAGCCUCAUCAGCACCAGCAGCAUCACCAGCAGCAGCAGCACGUUCAGCAGCAGCAGCACGCCCAGCAGCAUGCUCAGCAACAGCAACAACAGCAUGCUCAACAGCCCCAGCAUGCACCCCAGCCCCCGCCCCAGCCUCAGAGGAACCGCAAGCGGCCGGCUCCGGCUCCGGCCCAACAGGCCCCGCCGGUCGUCACUAGCGCCCCUCCCAUGCCCGCUGCCCCUGCCGCGCCUACCGCGACUCCCAUCCCACCGCCGGCUGCCCCCGCUGUCGCCGCCCCCCCCGCUCAGGCCCAGCCGGCCGCGACAGAAGAUGCUGCUGCGGCUCCUCAGCCGCCUCCGGCCAAGAAGAGCCGCACAAAUACCCCCUGGACCCCGGCCGAAGAGCUCCGUCUGAAGCAGAUGAGAGAUGCCGGUAGCAGUUGGGCUGAAAUUGCCAAGACCUUCCCCACCCGUACUGAGGGCAGUGUCAAGAAGCAUUGGUACAAGGACAUGCACUACGCUGAGUUUGCGGAAGACGAGAGCCAGGCCCUUCUCAAUGCCAUCAAGGAGUACGAAAACAACAAGUGGAAGGUCAUCGGGCAAAAAGUCGGCAAGCCCGCCAAGGCUUGCGAACAGUACGCCAAGGAGCACUUUCCCGACCUCUACGCCAAGCCGGCCAACCGGUAGAGGGUCUUUCCGCUUGGUGAUUCUGAGGAUACUCGAGAGAUGGGCAACACUGCGAAACGGCGCUGGGAGUGUCUCAAUGCGUUGGGUUUAUACCAAAUGUGUUUCUUCUUUCUCGUUCUGACGAUCUCGACGACCCGGACUCGAAAAGACGAUUCCCCCUUUGCACUUGAUUGUUUUACCCAAUUUUUUUUUACCACGCUUUUCUUUGGAGGCCGGACUUAAUUCUCACUUGGCUUUUUGUGUUCUGUUCCUAUCUCGGCGACACGGACAGACUGGCUCGAUGCUCAUGGCUCUGGCGGAUGAUGGGGCGGCCUGGCUUGUCUGUGAAUACCUACGCGCCAUCAUGUAUACGCGGGUUCUCAUGGUGGGGUCAUCAAGGCUUUUAUCAAUGUGCUCUGAAUUUGUAGCGCAACAUGAAAAGGACGUUGAGCGAUGGCGGGUGAUUGUUAUACCCGUUCGAGAUCUGGUCUGCGCAUUCGCUUGUAUGCGGAGGACUUUAUCUCCAUGGUGGUGAAAUGUCUAGUUUACGAAGGGAGUGACACCCCUUCAAUUAUUUUGCUCAUCCUUGGAGCAGAGGAGGAUAAUAAUGCAUGUGGGCGGAUGUUCAGAGAGCGAUGACAGAUGUUCGGGGACAAAUGGGGGAGGACUUUGGACGAUGUGGCUGGUGUCACGAUGGGACGAGUGGGUGAUUGGGCUUCGGACGGUGAAAUUUUUCGAUUCAUGAUAAGUCUAUACCCUUAGUGUGAAGAAUCGUUUUUAAUUGGGUCCAGGAGAGGCUUGUUGUGUUGGUUGUUUGUUGUGUAUGAUGGAUGUGAAUGUGUACGCAUGACGAAGCGCACAAAAUUGGCAUGCUCGCAGGGACCAGUUGCGAUGAAGGCUAAUUCUCAAGCGUUGUUUGGGACGAACCAUCCACCGCCACAUUAGACCGUACGUAAUGGUUGUUGGAAAAGUUUGUUGUCGAGGAUUUUAGCACGGGAGUCACCCAGAUUCUACAGGAAACCAACUACCAAGAGGACUAAAUAGACGGGCCUAGAAAGCCAGCCAAUAUCGAGACCAUCGUCAAAGUACGGGCUCAACCCCUCUUCUCCCCUAAAUAGUCCAACCCGGACCUUUCAAAAGCCAUCAGAGCCCGGCACGUCUCGCAGGAGAAGCCCGUAGGCGGUUUCGUUUCCCUGUGUCGUGUGCGAGUACCCUCGGGGCUUCCCCGCUGUGACGGGUUGUCCCCGGAAGUCUCCCGCCGUCAAGACCAGGACGCAGUCGAGCAGCACGGGAGAGGUGUCAAAGUCCUCGCCAAUGUCGAAGCGGGCACUGCCGUCAAACGACAGCCAGGACCAGGAGGGGAUCUCGGCGGUGCGGCCGCGGUCGUAUGCCGCCGGAAGCGGUCGAUCGCGAAGGGUGUGAGGGGGUGGCGCCAGACGGCGGGAGCGCUGACCUUGAUGUUCCGGAGCCACACGCCUGCGACAUGUGUCCUGUUGCCGUCGAGGUGGCUGUCUUUGAUGGCGUGGAUGGCGAGCGCCUUGCCGCCGAGCACAGAAAGAAUCCUUGAGGAGCAGUGCUCGACAACCAUCGGUACCCGAGAUCGCCGUCCGGUUCCGGGUCUGCGAGGGACAGGGACGGGAACGGCUCCCGGAGCUCCAUGGCCGUGGAAUACUCCCGCGGCAACGGUUCGCCGGCGGCGCGCGCUGUCUGACGGCAGACCCAUUAGGGUUGAAAGAUGGAAUAAGAUAUGAUCCUUUUGGAAAGCAUUACAUCUUGGAAGGUCCAGCCCCCCUGGAAUGCAGCGGCUCGGACGACUUGGCCGGCUUCGGCCUCUGACCCUUCAACCGGACCAAGGUCGACGGGCUGAGAAGGCCUCGGCUGCUCGGGACCAAUUUGACGUCCACCGGUGCGCCGUCGCUACGAAUAUCGGGGAUAGGGGCGGACAGAAAGGGGUUCUCCUUCGGUGCCAGGAAGCCGUCAUCGCUCCCACCCGCGAUGAAGGGGGCGAGAGUCAGGUAGGCGUUGGCGUAGAUGUCACCCAUGGCCGCGAUCUCGGAGAGCUUAUCGUCGUCGUCAUCCUGGACGAUGCACAGCGCGUCGACCCAGAGAUGGGGGAGGCCGAGGCGACGGCAGCAGGCGACGACGUCAGCGACGGUCCGGGUCAGGCCAGUGGGGUCGAUGACGGACUCGUGUGUUCCAAGGGUGCCCCGCAGCGUCUUCUUCUGGGCAUGGCGAGCCGGGUCGUCCCAGAAGUAGCUCAGGGCGCAGUAUCGUGGGAACUCUUCUGAAUGAGUUUGAGGUGAAGGCCAGCGUCCCCGUCGUCGAUCUUGAUGAGGCACCUUGGUGGCUUGCACGGAAAGGAGCUAUCCGAGAGCAGCUGCUCACAGGUGUGGUCCGAGUCACAAUCCGAGAUGCAGCGGCUGAGAAAGGAGUAGGCGGCUUCAGACGAGGUAUCCCAUAAGGCCGGUCGACCGGGGACAGACGCCGCCAGAGGCGAGUCUGGACAAAUCGUCAUUCAGAGGAUCAUCCUCGGAGCAACGCCGAGCGAGAGCGGACUUGGGCUCGUGUCGGCCGCGACGGCUGAGAUUCUCUUUGACUGCUGCCGCACCCGGACCGGGGCGGUAGUUGAUGGAGAGCAUGCUGUCGGCAAGUUUCUGGGCCGCCUCGCCGGAACGAGCAGCCUGCCUCCUGCAAAUCCAGCGUUCGUCGGGCUUCAGGCGGCUGCGUCGUCCCUCGUAGACGAAACAUGGGGUCCGGUGACACAGGCGGCUGAGGUUACGGUGCCAUCCCGGGCGGGUGCUGGGAUCGUCGCUGCCUAGGAGGGAGAAGGGCCGCCACUUGGUCUGAAAGAUGGUUCUGUAGCCGUCGCAGAGGAAGUCUACCAUUGUCGGGCCGGGCUCUGGCGAGAGGAGAGCGGCGGGAGAAAGCAUAAGACUCGCGGCCCAUAUUGGGACGGCCGUGAAGUUACACAGCCCAUCUCAUGUGGCUGCA